AUGGGCUCAGCAACAAAUCAGGCCGACACGGUCGCAUUCUGGCGCAGCCUGUGGUCAGAGCCCGUAAACCACAACGAGGGCCCUUGGACAGAAGUUGCGGCGAGUCAGUGUGCGGGUAUUACGCCCAUGGACCCCGUCAUCAUAACGCCGGAUGACGUAGCUGAGGCGGUCCGUAGGGCCCCGAACUGGAAAAGUCCGGGGCUUGACGGGCUGCAUAACUACUGGCUGAAGGGGUUCAUGGUGUGUCACGCUGUGCUCGCCCGACAGUUUCAAGAGGCUCUCAACUAG